AUGGCCACACGCUCUUCUGGACUCGAUUUCAGCGACAGACGGACACCCAUGGACGCACUCGCUGCCCAUCCCGAUGUCAUGGCCCGUGCGCCUCCAAGCUCAUCAACCCUCCAACGCAACAAGACGGAGCGAGUCAGAUUGCAGGGCCUGAUGCGCACGGGGACAAAUAAUUCAACGGAUAACGGUGCACCUCCUCCGAGCAAGAUGCGCGACGAAACUUUGAUGGACAAGUGGCAUACCUGGCUCAUCAAUGGCGGAAGGGCUUGGCUCGUCUUUGCGGCCUAUAUCUUCCUCCAUGUACUCGUAUUCAUCAUGGGAUUCAUGCACUACCAGCUCAAGGAUAACCAAAAGGUCGUCCGGAGCAUCGUUGGACUUGGUUUCCCAUUUGCACGUACGGCCGCGCUCGUUCUUCACGUCGACGUCGUCUUUAUCCUCUUCCCCAUCUGCCGCAACUUUAUCUCGCUCCUCCGCCAGACUCCCCUCAACUAUUUCAUCCCCUUUGACGAUAACAUCAAGUUUCACAUUGCGACAGCAUGGUCCAUCGUCUUUUUCUCUGCCGUCCAUAUCAUUGCGCACAUGUACAACUUUACCGUGCUCGCCAUUGUCCUCUCAAAGGGCACGACCACAAACCCCGUCGUUCAAUUCCUCAUCCUCAACUUUGCCACCGGUACGGGCAUGACGGGCUGGAUCAUGACGGCCGCGCUCGGUGUCAUGGUCUGGUUCGCCGUUGAGAAACGCCGUCGCCGCCCGAAUGGUGGUUUCGAAAAGUUUUGGUACUGGCACCAUCUCUUCAUCGUCUUUUUCAUCUGCUGGCAACUCCACGGCAUGUUCUGCAUGAUCAAGCCAGAUAAUGGCGUCUGCAGCUAUAAUGUCGUCGGUGUCUUUUGGCGCUAUUGGCUCCCCGGUGGUCUGGUCUACAUUGGCGAGCGCAUCAUGCGUGAAGUUCGUUCUCGACAUAUCACCUAUGUCUCCAAGGUCAUCCAGCACCCGAGCAAGGUCAUGGAGAUUCAGAUCAAAAAGGAAAAGACAAAGACGCGUGCUGGACAGUACAUCUUCCUCUGCUGCCCAGAGGUCUCGUACUGGCAAUGGCACCCAUUCACUCUUACGAGUGCCCCCGAAGAGGACUACAUCUCGGUUCACAUUCGUAUCGUUGGAGACUUUACGACGGCCUUGUCCAAGGCUCUUGGAUGUGAUUUCGAAUCAAAGGGUGAAAAGGGAGACAAGGGCAAGGAUGGCGCCGUCGUCGUUCCACCUCCAAUCAACCGCAUCCUGCCUCGUGUCAUGGUCGACGGUCCGUUUGGCUCUGCUAGUGAAGAUUUCCUCAACUACGAGACGGUCCUCCUCGUCGGAGCUGGUAUUGGUGUCACACCCUUUGCCUCAAUUCUGAAGAGCAUCUGGUACCGAAUGAACAACUUUAACCAAUCGAGCCCCACGCGUCUCUCCAAAGUUUACUUUGUCUGGGUCAUUCGCGAUUUCGGCACGGCAGAAUGGUUCCACUCGCUCUUGCACGCGAUUGAAGAACAAGAUACGCAGAACCGAAUCGAGAUUAGCAUCUACCUGACGGCCAAGCUCAAAGAAGAUGACGCGACGAAUAUCAUGGUGUCCGAUGUGGGUGCGGAACGUGAUGCGAUUACGAGUUUGCGCGCGCCGACGCAUUUCGGAAGGCCGAAUUGGGAUCGCAUCUUUAGUGGAUUGGCGGAUAAGCACCCUGAUACCGACGUUGGUGUCUUUUUCUGUGGUCCGGUCAUGUUGAGCAAUACGUUGCAUUCGAUGAGCGUCAAGUAUUCGAGCGCAAAAGGGAGUCGGUUCUUCUAUGGCAAAGAAAACUUUUAA